AUGAGCAGCGGACUCGGCCAACGGCCACUUUCGGAAGUGAGCCCCAUGGCGCAGCGUCGCAACUCGCCUAUCUGGAACCAAACGACUAAGAUGCCGUCCGGCGACUCGACCGCGUACGAUGUUUCACCCUUGAACAAUAAUGCCUCACCGCGUCUCUUCUGGAAAGGUCGCGAAUCCCCGUCGCCCUCGAAGGGCGUUGAAAACUGUGCGCCGUACGAUCCUGAGGGGUGCUAUGUCCCCGCUCGACGCCCGUCGCUUGAGAACUUGAAGCGCGCAUCCCGCGUCAAGAACCAUAGCAUGUUCCGCGAGAGCGGCCAAGAAUAUGAACCGACGCAAGUGUCGGUACCUCACCGUCCUCUCGCGAUCGACCGAUCGCCGAACCGCGAUAGCCAGAUGAACCUUGCAAAGUCCCAAUUCGUCGACAAUGAGCUUGCCGAUCAGGUCCCCCGACCUCACUCUCCGAGCAAAGAUCAACCCUCCCCGAGCAAGUCUUCAUUGUCCAAGGGCAGCAGAUACGGCAAAGGCUUUGACCCUGCGCAUGACAUCUGGUCCGAGUACGAUAGUGCCGGCCACCGACACGCCAAGAGCGUAACCUUUGAUGCCGCUCCCCCCCAAGUUAACGAAUACGAAAUGCGCACCCCCGAUCCAUCAUCUGUUGCCUCUGAAUCGCGCGAAAAUAGCUACGAGUCCGAGGAUGAUGACGAUAUCAGCAGCUUCGAGCACGACUCCUUCAUGGAUCGCGAGGACAGCUUUGAUGCUUCUCUGGAAGAUAUUGAGAAGACCCCAGUGGUGCUCCCGGAGGACUGGCGAUUUAUGAGCCCGGGAAGCGCCAACGGGGAGGAAGACUCCUUUGUUGAGAAAAUGGAGGAUCAGAAUACCGAUAAGCGGCCUGCCUCCCGAGAUGAGGAGAGUAGCCAACACUCACGUGUCGAUUCUCUCGACUCCAAUGGCGAGCGCCGUCCAUUGCCCCCACUUCCUUCCGUCAACCGUCUGUCAGGAUCGCGGCCCUCUUCCCCAGAGAAGCUUGCUGCUGCAUUCGAAUUGGGCAGCGGUGGUCAGCGUGUGUUGCCUGCUCCUCCAGCGGCGGCAUCCUACACCAAGUCUGAUAUCAACGGAGGCAUGUCCCUCGAAGAGCGGCUGCGCCUGAUGAUGCUCAAUGAUAGGAAGGCCGGUGAAAUCCAGGAAGAGCCCGAGCAUGGUGCAGAGGUACCCUCUAAGGAGGAUCCCACCGCCGAAGACCAGGAAACACCCGCCCGAGAGCCUGCUAAGGAAGACAUGUUUUCUCCUCCGCGCAUUUCUCGGGAUUCUAUCCUUCGCGACAUUCGCAAGAAUGACAAUUACGAUGACGAUGUGUUCAACGACGAGGACUCUCAGCUUGAUUCCAGCCCCCAGCGUUACGACAAAUAUGACCCGGAUGUCCCCAUUCCGUCUUUGGAAACCGACUAUGAUGAUGCCGAUGACGAUGAUUCCUCCAGCGUGAUCGUCAAGGAAGAAGCUCACGAUGAGGAUCUUUACUCCAUUCCCGGUUAUUACCAAAACACCUCUGACAACAGUCUCUCUUCGCGGGACCAGCGAGCUAAAUAUGACGAAGACAGCAACUACUCCCUUCGUUCUGCUGCUGAAGAUGCCGACGCGGCCCAUACUGCCGGCAAUGAUGCUAGUUGGGGCUCUGGACAGACCACGCCGAUUGGAGGCGAGGAGAACCGACUUGUGCCUGAACAGGGCCCCAAUGAGGCCAAGGGUGCCCCUGCUCCGGCGCAACCCCAAGCUCUCGAUAUGGCUUCCAUCCGUCAGUCUUUGAAUCGUCCAGUUACCCCCGAAAUCAAGGAAGAAGAGCUUUCUGAGCCAUCUACUCCUGAUUCUGUCAUCCGUCAUCCUGUCCAGGACGAAGAAGAGGAUGAUGAAGAGCAGUACGCAGACGAGGGACAGAGUUCCUCCGACGAGUCUGUCCCUGAGCCAAUUGCGACCAUCAAGGCUUCGGGAAAGGGUCUCAAGACCCGCCCUUCGUUAACCCCCGCUGAUGUCGAGUCUAUGGCUGCGACUCGCCGCAAGAUUAGUGGCCAGCAUGCUCCUCCCGUUCCUGUUCUGCCUUCGCAGACACUCGACGAACCCGAAAAGCCCCAUCAUGAGGAGGGAAACGACAAGGCUACUGACCUUCCGCCCCAGCUGGCUCUCCCGACGAACCUCGACCAGCAGCGCCAGUCCAGCUUGAUGCAACUCGACAUCCCUUUCAGCAUCCAAGAAGAGAGCCUUGGCUCUGGUCUUAACAAGGAAUUUGACCGUGUCAUCGAAUCACAAAAGGUGGAGUUGGCCCAAGCUCUUUCCCAUAUGAAUUAUCGGCAGUCGCCAGUACCGAAGUCGAACGACCCACCGGGGUUCAUUAACUACAGUCUCCCAAGAUCGGUCAAAAUAGAAAGACAUGCUAACUGUUUCCGUCAACAGCGUGGUUAUCUCAUGCGCCAAAACACCAAGGUCGUCAUUGCCAGUAACCGUAACGAAGAUGAAUCGGCUACUCCGACUGAGCAAGCCAUGCAAGAUCCUCGAGGAACUCGCUCGGCAGGCUCAUCUCCGCGCAAACCCAGUCAGCAAACCUGGACAACUGUUCCUUGGAACGGUUCGACUCGUCGUCCAAGUAUCAAGAUGGCAGGCUCCAUUCCCAAGAAGAAGCCUGUCCCUGGAGCUGUUCCUCCUCUGCCCGGCCAGCAGAGCAACGUUCAGGAGCCUCCUGCUACUAUCGAAGAGAACGAGCCAGUCUUGAAUGAUGCUUUCGAAGAUGGUGAAGAGCGUGGUAGAUUGUUCGUCAAGGUCGUUGGUCUCAAGUAUUUAGAUCUGCCGAUGCCUCGUGGUGAGCGAUCGUAUUUCGCACUAACCCUCGACAAUGGUCUCCACUGUGUGACCACGUCCUGGCUCGAACUCGGAAAGACCGCACCCAUUGGCCAGGAGUUUGAGCUCAUCGUGCAGAACGAUCUUGAAUUCCAGCUUACUCUUCAGAUGAAGGUUGACGAGACCAGGCUCUAUCCCCAGGAAAAUGCCGGCUCUCCCAGCCGUCAGAAGACAUCCACUCUCAGCCGUGUUUUUGCUUCGCCCCGUCGUCGCAAGGAGCUCGACCUGAAGCAGCAAAUGCAGUCUCAGCAACAGAAGGCCAUGGAUGUUAACGCCCCCGUCUACGAUCGUUUGCGCAACCUUAUUGCACGUGACGGAAGCUUCGGCCGCGCUUAUGUCGCUUUGAGUGACCACGAGAAGAUGGCUUACGGUCGUCCUUACACUGUAGACAUCGCGUGCUUCAACGAGUGGGCUGUUGACGAGAACCCCAGCAGCGUGAAGAGCAAGAAGAGUGCAACGAGCAUGACCGCACAACGACGACCGCCGUACAAAAUUGGCAAGCUGGAGCUGCAGCUUCUCUUUGUCCCCAAGCCAAAGGGUGGGAAGGACGAAGAUAUGCCUAAGAGCAUGAAUGCUUGUAUUCGUGAGAUGCGCGACGCUGAGAGUGUUGCCGCCCGCAGCUAUGAGGGUUUCCUUUCUCAACAGGGUGGUGAUUGUCCGUUCUGGCGCCGUCGUUUCUUCAAGCUCCAAGGCUCCAAGCUUACAGCCUAUCACGAAACUACUCGGCAACCCCGUGCCACCAUCAACCUGGCAAAGGCUGCCAAGCUCAUCGAUGACCGUUCCUCCCUGACCCAGAAGGAGACAAGCACCCGCAACGGCGGUCGUCGCAAGUCUGCGUUUGCCGAGGAAGAAGAAGGUUACAUGUUCGUCGAAGAGGGUUUCCGAAUCCGCUUUGCCAACGGCGAGGUGAUUGAUUUCUAUGCGGACAGUGCAGCAGACAAGGACGGUUGGCUCCGAGUCAUGUCGGAGGCCGUCGGAAAGGGCUCUACCUCUGGCAACGGUGCCAUCAAGCCGUGGGCCGAACUCGUGCUGAAGCGUGAGCGCAGCAUGAAGACUCGACGCUUGACCACCGAGCGCUUCAACCCUCCCAGUGGUAUUCCCGUUGCCCCAGGCUCACCCACUGGCAAGAGACAAAGUGUUGCAAUGGGACCUCCAGCAUCGGCCGGAACGGGAGCGCAGGCGCCCCAAUCCCCCCGUCCUCGUCACAAGCACACCUACUCUCAGCCUGAGAUUGGCACCGAUGCUCGCCGCCAGAAGACCAGAUCUCUCAUGUUUUGA